ACGUGACCCCCUGGUGUGUCCACCCAGAGACGUGCUGGCUGCAGAGGCUCUCACCCCCACCCAGCUGCCCCCUGCAGCCUCCACGGUGCCGGCCCUUCACGCGGAGGCCACACUCCAUGAGGAUGCCUGGAGGAGAGACAGUGUCGGAGCCCCAGGCUGCUCACGGGCCCCUGGAGAAGCCGCCCAGCACGGCGAUCCUGUGUAACACAUGCGGAAACGUGUGCAAGGGGGAGGUGCUGCGCGUGCAGAACAAGUACUUCCACCUGCAGUGCUUCGUCUGCAAAGCAUGCGGCUGCGACCUGGCCGAGGGCGGCUUCUUCGUGCGGCAGGGCGAGUACAUCUGCACGCGGGACUACCAGACGCUGUACGGGACCCGCUGCUUCAGCUGCGACCAGUUCAUCGAGGGCGAGGUGGUGUCUGCGCUGGGCAGGACCUACCACCCCGACUGCUUCGUGUGUGCUACCUGCCGGUUGCCCUUCCCGCCUGGGGACCGAGUGACCUUCAAUGGGAAGGAAUGCGUGUGUCAGAAGUGCUCCCUGCCCAAGUCAGCAGGCAGCAGCGUGCACCUGUCCCAGGGCCUCUGGAGUUGCGGGGGCUGCGGCGCAGAGAUCAAAAACGGCCAGUCCCUGGUGGCCUUGGACAAGCACUGGCAUUUGGGCUGUUUCAAGUGCAAGACGUGCGGGAAACAACUGAACGCGGAGUACAUCAGCAAGGACGGGCUGCCCUACUGCGAGGCCGACUAUCACACCAAGUUCGGGAUCCGCUGUGACGGCUGCGAGAAGUACAUCACGGGGCACGUGCUGGAGGCGGGGGAGAAGCACUACCACCCUCUGUGUGCACUAUGCGUCCGGUGCGGCCGGAUGUUUUCGGAAGGCGAGGAGAUGUACCUGCAAGGCUCCUCCAUCUGGCACCCGGCGUGUCGUCAAGCAGCGAGGACUGAAGACAAAAACAAGGAAACCAGAACUUCUUCAGAGAGCAUCAUUUCUGUACCUGCGUCCAGCGCCUCAGGGUCCCCGAGCCGCGUGAUCUAUGCGAAGCUGGGUGAUGAGAUUCUUGACUACCGGGACCUGGCUGCCCUCCCUAAGAACAAGGCUAUCUACAACAUUGACCGGCCCGACAUGAUCUCCUACUCGCCCUACAUCAGCCACUCGGUGGGAGACAGGCAGAGCUACAGCGAGCCCCCUCAGCUGCUCUCGCCAACACCGACAGAGGGGGACCAGGAUGACCGCUCCUACAAGCAGUGCCGGACCUCCAGCCCAAGCUCCACCGGGUCGGUCAGCCUCGGGCGAUACACCCCGACCUCACGGUCACCCCAGCACUACAGCCGUCCAGCUGGUACUGUGAGUGUUGGUACCAGUAGCUGCCUGUCCCUGUCCCAACACCCAAGCCCUACAUCCGUGUUCAGACAUCAUUACAUCCCCUACUUCCGAGGCAGUGAAAGUGGCCGGAGCACCCCCAGCCUCUCCGCGCUCUCAGACAGCAGGCCUCCCCCCUCCACCUACCAGCAGGCUCCUCGCCACUUCCACAUCCCAGACACUGGCGUCAAAGAUAACAUUUAUAGGAAGCCCCCCAUCUACAGGCAGCACGGUCCGGUAGCCCAAUCCCCAAUUUCCAAGCUCUCAGGCCUAAUGUCAGUCUUGUCCUUGGUGGUGCACAAGGCAGGGGGCUCCAAAACGCUAGAAGGUCCCAGCCCUCCGCAGGCGGCAGCUGCGAGGCGGUCAGAUGGGGAGGAUGGAGGUUUUGACCCGGAUAACAGGAAGCAGAAGACCAGCUGGCUGAUUCUCAAGGGAGACGCAGACACUCGGACUAACUCUCCAGACCCGGACAGCCAGUCUCUGUCCCACAGCAGCGGGACCGAUAGAGGCCCUCUCCAAAUGACGCAAGGGGACAACUUUUACUCACGGUUCCCCUAUUCCAAGUCUGACCCUGUCCCUGGACAUGGCAAGAAUGGCUUGGACCACCGGAAUGCCAAUCUGGCCCCUUGUGGAGCAGACCCGGAUGCCAGCUGGGGCACACGAGAAUACAAGGUAAGAGGGCCGCCGGGCCCGCGCCGCCCGCUGCUGCCGCGCCCACCUGCCCAGGGUAACAGUCCCCUUUGUUGUGCUUUCCCCACGAAAUGUGUGUGUCAGACGCAGACGCAAAUCUACCCCUAUGACGCCCUCAUCGUCACCAACCGGAUUCGCGUGAAGCUGCCCAAGGACGUGGACCGGACGAGGCUGGAGAGACACUUGUCGCCCGAGGAGUUCCAGGAAGUGUUUGGGAUGAGCGUGGAGGAGUUUGACCGCCUGGCCCUCUGGAAGAGGAACGACCUCAAGAAGAAAGCCCUGCUGUUUUGACGCUGCCGCGGCGCCUGACCACGGCACGCCUGCGGGAACCACCGCGC